AAAUUGAGUGUCAACAUUCCCCAGUUUUUCUCCCUUCUAAAGCCUUUUCCUCUUUUUCAUCUAUUCAACUAUAUUUGUUCUUCCCAAGAUUCGUGUUGCUUUGACGAUGUGACCCCUGAAUUUCUCGUCUUCAAAAUAAUUUGUCUAGUACUGGACUGAUCUUUCUUUCGAUCGGACGCGCGCUCGUAAAUUGCCAGAAAACCUUGAGGAGACUCUGAACGAGCGGAAAUGGUUUAAGCUGCAGUCUUUGUUGGUUUUCAAAGUUCCACUCAACUACGAUAUUCGAUUGCUCCCUAUUUUUCUAAGAGUUGGGGGGGCUUUUGUAAAUGGGUGCGCCAAAGCAGAAAUGGACAGCUGAAGAAGAAGCUGCCCUUAAAGCAGGAGUGAUCAAGCAUGGAGCAGGAAAAUGGCGCACAAUACUAACAGAUCCAGAGUUCAGCUCAAUUUUGCAUCAGCGCUCAAAUGUGGAUCUCAAGGACAAGUGGAGAAAUAUAAAUGUUACUGCAAUAUGGGGCUCUAGGCAAAAAGCUAAGCUCGCACUUAAAAAGAAUCCUUUGGCCCUAAAACAUCACGAUGAUCCUAUGCCUGUAAGCACCGUGCAUCAGAAUGAGGAGAUUGUUGACGCUAAGCCACUUGCAAUUUCAAAUGGAACAAUUCGCACUAAUGGUCCAAAAGAGCCACUAGCAAGAUUGGACAAACUUAUAUCAGAGGCAAUUAACAACUUAAAGGAGCAAAGGGGUUCUGACCGGGCUGCAAUUGCUAUGUACAUAGAGGAGCAUUACUGGGCCCCACCAAACCUUAAAAAACUCCUUUCAACAAAAUUGAAGCAUAUGACGGCAAAUGGAAAGUUGAUAAAGGUAAAGCACAAGUACAGAAUUGAUCCAAAUUCAACCUUAUCUGGAAGAAGAAAUGUUCCAUUGUUACUCCUUGAGGACAAGCAGAUGGAUUCUUCGAAGGCCGAGAAGAGUGAAGUCAAAAUCAUCACUAAAUCCCAAGUUGACUCGGAACUUUCGAAGAUGAAGAUAAUGACUACAGAGGAGGCGGCUAUAGCUGCUGCACGUGCAGUAGCUGAGGCAGAGGCUGCCAUUGCAGAGGCUGAAAGGGCAGCAAGAGAAGCAGAAGAAGCAGAGGCUGAAGCUGAAUCAGCACAAGUUUUUGCUGAAGCGGCGAUGAAGGCAUUGGAGUGCAGAAUGUUCCCUAGUAGAAAUCCUAUUCAAAAAGUUCUUCUCCAAGGCAACGUGUUCUGAGAAGAUGAAGGUGCUGCUGCAUUUCCAUGUGCAACUGAUGUAACCAAGUGUAGAUAUUGUUAGCGUUGUAAAUCUGCAGAAUAUGAUUGCCUUAUGAGAAAGACGGCCUCUGGGGAUCAUGUCAUCGGAAGUGUAUGUCGGUAAUGUGAUUUUAAAAUCAAACAUAGGGUAAAGGAUUUUGGUGAGAGAGAGGUGCUUACUUGAUCUGAAAAUGUUGUUUCCUCGACAGACUGUCUUUGCGAUUUUAAGAGAUCAAAAUUAUAAAUUAAGAUGUGAUUUUUGGUCCACCCAA